AUUUUGCCAGUAAAAGCCAGUGUUCCUCUCACUCCCUAACCUUCCCAUGGUAAGUACUGCAGUUCUUUCAGCAGAGGCUUGCUGUGUUGUGUGAGCGAGGAUUUUUUUUUUCUCCUUAUUAAUCAGAAGCCCUGAAUGAAAGCCAAUCACAGGCUUCGCUUUCCCUUGGCUUCGUUUUCCUGCCUCUUAGAGUUAAAAGUGAUGCUGUGACUGUGAGGAAAAGACUGAGUUAGAAUCAAGUAGAAUCUUCCUUGGGAAAAUAUAAGCAGAAAUAAAGGGUAAAUAGCAACAAACAUUCAAGCUGCGGUGCCGAGUAGGACAAUACACUUCCAGGAACAGCCAGAAAAUUAAAAGAUAUACUCUGUGAUAUUGAACCUGCCAUCAUCUCCCGGUGCAGCACAGAUGCCAAGUGUGAGCAGGGGAAUCGCUUUGAAGUUAAGACUAACAGUGACCUGCAACUCAGCCGUGCUGGACAAAAGGAUUUCUUUUUGAAGUACGCAUGAACAGACUGCAAACGAUUGAGACAGCCGCACUUCAACGUCGGAGCCCACACAGAGAUGGAGCGAGACGUCGCCCGUGAGCUCAAGAAGUGAUUCAAACACAUGGGGGACAUAAACAAUAACUCGUCAUCGCUGGAAAAUGUCAACUAAGAAGAAAAACAAUUGAAAUUUAGAUUAAGCUAUAUUUUGUUUAUUUAAUAUUUUUGGGGAGACUGAAACUAUGAUACCUUGUCCAGUGUUGAUGCUUUUGCUGUGGAUUUCUAAACCAAAUCCUAGUCGUGCUGAACUCUACUUUAAAAGAACUACUGAUGACCAGCCUAAACAAAUAUUGCAACAUUUCCCAGUGAACGAUGGGAAACUGCUACAUCGGCAGAAACGGGGAUGGAUGUGGAAUCAAUUCUUUUUGCUGGAAGAGUAUACUGGAUUGGAUUACCAAUAUGUUGGCAAGCUCCAUUCAGAUCAAGAUACAGGAGAUGGGAAUCUGAAAUAUAUCCUCUCAGGAGAUGGAGCUGGGACACUUUUUGUCAUUGAUGAGAAUACAGGUGACAUUCACGCCACACGACGAAUUGACAGAGAAGAAAAAGCCUUUUACACCUUGCGUGCCCAAGCAAUAAAUAGAAGGACAGAGAAACCUGUGGAACCAGAGUCUGAGUUUGUCAUAAAGAUACAUGACAUUAAUGAUAAUGAGCCCACUUUUCUAGAACACAUUUAUACUGCCAGUGUCCCUGAAAUGUCUGAAGUUGGUACCUUUGUAGUUCAAGUAACAGCUGCUGAUGCAGAUGAUCCUUCUUAUGGAAACAGUGCCAAAAUCAUUUACAGCAUUCUUCAGGGACAACCAUACUUUUCUGUGGAGCCUGAAACAGGUAUUAUUCGGACUGCUCUGCCAAACAUGAAUCGAGAAAUCAGAGAACAUUACCAAGUGGUUAUUCAGGCCAAAGAUAUGGGCGGUCAGAUGGGAGGAUUAUCUGGAACUACCACUGUAAAUAUUAACCUGACAGAUGUAAACGACAAUCCGCCAAGAUUUACUCAGAAUACAUACCAUCUCAGUGUCUCAGAAUCCUCUCUUCCUGGAACUGUUGUUGGUCAUAUAAAAGCUGUAGAUGCAGAUAUUGGCAGAAAUGCAGAAGUAAGAUAUAGAAUAAUAGAUGGAGAUGAAAUGAAUAUGUUUGAUAUAACUACAGAGAAGGCGACACAAGACGGUGCCAUAACUAUAAGAAAGAAAUUGGAUUACGAAAGCAGAAGAUUGUACACCUUAAAAGUGGAAGCAGAGAAUACACAUAUAGAUCCCCAUUUCCACUAUCUUGGUCCAUUUAAAGAUACAGCAACUGUGAAAAUCUCAGUAGAAGAUGCUGAUGAACCUCCUAUUUUUGGCCGACCUAGCUACAUGUUCAAAGUUCAUGAGGAUAUCGAACUUGGGACUAUAAUAGGGACAGUAAUGGCUAGAGAUCCAGAUACUAUUUCCAGUCCUAUAAGGUUCUCUCUGGAUCGACACACUGACCUUGACAGAAUUUUUAAUAUACACUCAGGAAAUGGAUCAAUUUAUACAGCAAAACCUUUGGACCGUGAAAUAUCCCAGUGGCAUAAUCUAAGCAUCAUAGCUACGGAAAUUAAUAAUCCCAAACAAACCACAAGAGCCACUGUUUACAUUCUAAUCCUGGAUGUUAAUGACAAUGCACCUCAAUUUGCAAUGUUUUAUGACACAUUUGUGUGUGAAAAUGCCAGACCUGGACAGUUAAUACAGACUAUAAGUGCAGUGGACAAAGACGAACCGCCAGGUGGACAAAAAUUCUUCUUCAGUUUGGCAUCUGUUAAUCCAAACUUUACAGUCCAGGAUAAUGAAGAUAACACUGCUCGAAUCCUAACAAGAAGAAAUGGAUUUAACAGACAUGAAAUAAACAGUUAUCUUUUACCAGUGGUCAUAUCUGACAACGAUUAUCCCAUCCAAAGUAGCACUGGAACUUUGACAAUAAGAGUGUGUACAUGUGAUAACCAGGGAAACAUGCAGUCCUGUAGCGCUGAGGCCUUACUCCUUCCUGCCGGUCUUAGUACAGGAGCAUUAAUUGCAAUUCUUCUCUGCAUCAUAAUACUUCUUCUUAUUGUGGUAUUGUUUGCUGCGCUGAAAAGACAGAGAAAGAAAGAGCCAUUGGUCUUGUCAAAAGAGGAUAUCCGAGACAACAUUGUCAGUUAUAAUGAUGAAGGUGGUGGAGAAGAAGACACUCAAGCUUUCGACAUUGGCACUCUAAGAAAUCCAGGUGCUAUGGAGGAUAAAAAACAUCGUAGAGACAUUAUUCCUGAAAAUUUGUUGUUACCUCGGAGAACUGCUUCUGUCCCAGACAAUACAGACGUUCGUGAUUUUAUUAACCAAAGGUUGAAAGAGCAUGAUAAUGAUCCUACUGCACCGCCAUAUGAUUCACUCGCAACAUAUGCAUAUGAAGGCAAUGAUUCUAUAGCUGAAUCUUUAAGUUCUCUUGAGUCUAGUACUACAGAAGGGGACCAAAACUAUGAAUACCUCAAAGAAUGGGGUCCACGUUUCAACAAACUAGCGGAAAUGUAUGGCAACGGGGAAAGUGAUAAAGAUUCCUAACUUGAAAAAUGUGUCAUCACCCUUUUUUUAUUUCAUAGUGGAAUAAGUUUGCGGGCACUUGGAAAUAAUAUUAACAAUUUUAAAAUACAUUUUUUUCUGACACUUGGCACAGUGUUAAAAUAAUAAGAAUAACACAUUAAAGAGAAAAACAAAAAAAAAACAAAAAAAAAACUACUUUUUACCACAUUCAUUUAUUUCAUUCGUUUUUAUUCUCUGUAGACUAUCACCCUAGAGUAUGGCUAAUGUUAAUUACAAACUAUGGAUUGAAUGCCAUGGUUUCUAUGUUGUCUGUCUAUCAAAUGGUCAUUGAAAACUUGAUGAGAAGACUACUUCCUCGUACAGACUCAUGAAUACAUUGCUUCUAUUGAGUAAUUGGCUGCCUUUGCAUUCGCAGCACCGCUUUGUUUUCAUGUUUUUCUUUCUUUUUUUAUUUUUUAUUGUUUUUUUCCAGAAGGAACAAGGAAAUGAUUUUUCAGAUACUCUGAUACAUUAUGUACAUUAAAAUUUACUGAAAUGUACAUUAGAUGUUAGUAAGUGUGAUGAAACCGGUGAAGAUAUAUGUUAGUAGAACGUCAUUUCAUCAAAUAGUAUCUUGCCAAUGUUUUAUAUUUAUAUUUUUGUAUUUAUUUUUAAGAAAUAAACCUGUUUUUACAACUUG